AUGAUUGUUCAACUUCUUCUUGGGUCGAUAUUGACCUACAUCACCUGGAGCUUUGCGUGCUUGGAAGCUAAUGUGCGCAAGGCUCGUGACUUUGGCGUCCCGGUCAUACGACUGCCAAUCGAUGCAAACAAUGUUGUUUGGAUUCUUCUUCAACCUUACUUGUGGAUGGUUUUGGACCGCCUUCCAUUCGAUUGGUCCACCUAUCCUCGGUUCGUUCGCCUCUCCCGACGAGGAUGGUUCGUUGCUGAAGGAGCCGAACCUCAUGUGCAGUUGGGCCCAGUAUGGGCCCUCGUGUCGCCCAUGGCCGUCAACCUGCAUUUCUCAGAUCCUGAUACCAUCCAAGACAUCGUGACACGACGUGGGGACUUUCAGCGCCCUUUUCGAGAGCUCACUAGGAGCAUGCUCCACUCAUGGACUCGAUCGUCCUCUGCUGGGAUCGACAGCUACCAGAAGGACACACGGAUGCUCUCACUCAACGUUCUGGCAGCAGUGGGAUUUAGGAAAUCGUAUGACUUCCGUGGCUCAGCGGAGCCAUCAAACGACGAAAUAGGGAGCUACCGCGAUUCCCUCCAGACCGUGCUUGACAACAUCAUUCUCUUGAUGCUUAUCCCAGCCCGGUAUCUGCGACUGGUGCCCGGCACAUGGGCUAGGAUAGGCAAUACGGCCAUAACGUUCAAACAACACAUGGAGAAGAUGCUCGGUGAAGAGACUCGAGCUAUUAACCAAGGCACGUCUGGUUCAGGCGGCAUCAUAACCUCUUUUGUACGCGCCGCCGAUGUUCACAAUGUUGAAUCCGCCGUGGCAUCAGACAAGGCAGGUCGCAAGAAGGGACUGUCUGUAGACGAAGUCUUUGGGAACCUGUUCGUUAUCAACUUUGCAGGCCAUGACACCACCGCCAACACGUUAGCCUUUGCUAUGCUCCUGCUGGCAGCACACCCUGACGUGCAGGAAUGGCUGUCAGAGGAGAUCAAAGCUGUCACCGAGGGGACCUCAGAUGAAAUGGACUACAAGCAGCUGUUUCCACAAUUGAAGCGUUGCCGGGCUGUCAUGUACGAGGUACUACGCCUGUAUCCCCCGGUGCCGGCGCUUCCAUCGAUCUCCUCCAACGGCACACACAUGCUCAAGUGCAACGAUAGAACUCUCGUCAUUCCCCAAGGUGUAACCCUCACCGUCAACAUACGCGCCAUGCAGAUGCACCCUCAGUACUGGCACGAUGCAAGCGCCUGGAAGCCAGCACGCUGGAUCACAAAUCCAGCCCCAGUCGGUUCCACCUCGAUCAACCAGAUUUCCGAGGAAAGGAUUUUGGAGCCCAACAAGAAAAUAUUCUUGCCGUGGGGCGAGGGCCCGCAGAUCUGCCCUGGAAAGAAGUUUGCUCAAGUCGAGGAGGUCGCAGUCUUGGCUUGUUUGUUCAGGGGGCACCGUGUAUUCCCGAUGCAGAAAUCUGGUGAGAGCUCUGCGGAGCUAAACAAAAGGGUGCUGAGAUGUCUCAAUGAUGUCGACCUAGAAAUGCUGGUGAGACUCAGGGAUGCUGACCAAGUGACAUUGGUCUGCAAAGAGGCUUAA